UAUAGUCACUAAUAAUGAUUCAGUUGGAGAACAUACAUUAAAUCUAUAACUUCAAGCAUAAUAUAGGACCAAUAGCAUAAUUUAACCAAAUAUAUUAACUGCUACCAUUUGGUUAAGACUACAAUUUCAAAAUUCGAAAAGUACUUGAACUAAAAUUGAUCAAAUUAAAGUACAGGUACUAAAUCCAAAACUUACACAAUGUACAGGGUCUAAUAGCAGAAUAUGACCACUAUUAUUAAGUAAAAAUCAUGGUUUUGGGUCAACCGUCAAUCUUAGGCGGCGUUUUACUCUCACUUUUUCCAAACAAGCCGCCACGUUCAGCAUAUCCAUUUUCGUUUCUCUAAAGAAACCAAAGGGGGUAGCCAGCCCGAAAAUUUCCCUCUGGCCUUCCACCCUCAAAAGUUGAUAUUUUUGAGCGACAAAUUCCUGAGGGACAGAACUUUGUAACUUUUGAUAGCUCCAAUCUAAUGGCAGCUAAAGAGCCAUUGGUAAUAACAGCCAAAGAUGAGAUGAGAAAGUGGUCGAGAAAGAUGAGAUCCCAAGGCAAAUCAAUUGGGUUAGUUCCUACCAUGGGUUACCUUCACCAAGGCCACCUGUCUCUCAUCCAAGAAGCACACAAGCACAGCCACCUCAUAGUUGUCUCUAUCUAUGUAAACCCAGGUCAGUUUUCUCCUUCCGAGGACCUUUCAACAUACCCAUCUGAUUUACAUGGUGAUAUGCUUAAGCUUAAGUCUGUUCCUGGUGGAGUUGAUGUUGUUUUUUGCCCUAAGAAUCUGUAUGACUAUAACAAUGAUAGUGAUGAGAAGCAAAAGAAUAAGAAUGGAAAUGAGAAUUUGGGUGCUGGUGGUGGGGAUGGGAAUGGGGUGGUUUCAUGUGUGGAGGAGAAGGGGAGUGGGCAUGAAACAUGGGUGAGAGUUGAAAGAUUGGAGAAAGGAUUGUGUGGGAAAAGUAGGCCCGUGUUCUUCAGAGGGGUUGCCACCAUUGUGACCAAGUUGUUUCACAUUGUGGAACCCGAUGUUGCUGUCUUUGGUAAAAAGGAUUAUCAGCAGUGGAGGAUAAUACAACGGAUGGUUCGAGAUCUUGAUUUCGCCAUUGAAAUUGUGGGGUCUGAAAUAACCCGUGAUAGCGAUGGCCUCGCGCUGAGUUCACGAAAUGUGCAUCUCUCCCCUGAAGAAAGGCAAAAGGCAUUGUCUAUUAGCAGGUCAUUGUCAAAGGCUAAAGCUGCUGCUAAAGGUCAAGUUAAAUGUAGAGAACUAAAGGAUUCAGCUAUCCUAACAAUAACUCAAGCUGGGGGAAGAAUUGAUUAUGCUGAGAUAGUUGAUCAGGAGAAUUUGAAGUCAGUGGAAGAGAUUAAGGGUCCUGUUGUUUUUUGCAUUGCUGCUUGGUUUGGCAAGGUUAGGCUGAUAGAUAACAUGGAAAUCGACAUAUGAAACUCUUCGUCUUCAGACUAAUGCACUUAUUUAUUUUUUGGGGAGGGGCAAUAAGUUAGGGUGGUAAUGGUUUAAUUUGAUUCUUUUUCUAUGGUUAAUGGGUAAUAUAUGUAUAUAUAUAUAUUAUUAUAAACCGAGCCGAACAGCAUCCAUAAUCAAAUCAGUCCACACUGUAUAAUUUGGCUUAAAUUCAUAAUAAUAAUAUUCUGUUUUCUGUUCCAA